GCUCGGAGCGCAGUGCCGCGGGACGCGGGGAGAGGGCGCUGCCUCCUCCCGCCCGCGAGCUAUUUUCAUUCAUAACUUUCCCCCGCCGGACCUGCCGCGGCUCGGUGCCCCUGAGGUCUCUGCGUGGGGCCCAGGCGCCCGGCGGUGCUGCCCACAGUGCUGUCCGCGCGCGCGCUCCGGCUCCGCUUUGGGCGGUUGCGGGGCACCUAGUCCGCCUGAGCGAACUUGCUUGGAAAUGCCCUGUAAAAUGCGAAUUAAAGCCGUGCCUAGGGGUUUCAUAACUCAAGCAAGCCGUUCCCACGUCUUCCUUUCUUGUGGAUGAGGCUUGGCACAUUUAAAGUCUUCGUUAUGGAGUUUUAAAUUAAAAAAAGAAAAAGAAAAAAGAAAUAGAUACGGCCCAGGAGUAACGAUGAGCAGUUUUCCUGUAUGGUUUAGGGCUUCGGCACUACGACACGCUGUUAAUGGACGUGCUUCUCAUGUGCGGAGAAGGUAGUUAGAGAGGCCUCCAAAAAGCUAACACAUAUGUAGUCUGGGGACAUUAGAAGGCAUUUGUGUGUAAAAUAUCUUAGAUACCUAUUGCCCGGAAACAGAAACGAAAGAGUUUGGUCUGUUUUAGGAAGAAUACAUUAUAAAUUGAAAGUUAUUUCCUUUUGAAAUGGAAAUUGUGUUUGUUGUAUCAGUAUAUCAGUGUAUUUAUUUUACUACAAAAAGCGGGUCUAUUCAGGGCUUGUGAAAAUCAAGAUCUGUCGUGCAAAUAAAUGAAAGGAAAUAAAUAUAUUGUAAAAAAGACCAGGGCUCCUCACCCUGCUUUAAAGGGCUGACACUUGUGCAUAAGUUAUCCUUGUUGUAUGGGUGAGCCUUGUUUAACCUUUAAGGAAAGCUAAAUCCACACCGUACAGGUUGUGUAUGUGUGCCAGAGCAUUCUUCAUUCUUUAUAGCUUCCUUUGCUCAUCUGACAGAUCUUUGUGUGAUGAGCUAGCUUUAGACCCUGACUUCUGCUGAAAAUGGCCUUUAGAGAUUCUGAGUGAGCUUGGAAUAGCCAGUGUUUUGGAAAUUGCCUUGAUUAAUUUUCUCAUUAAUCUAAAGCUCGUAACAGCAUAUAAAUGGCCAAGAGGCCACAGCACUAAAGCCAUUCUUAAUCUUUAAAAAGUAGCUGACAUUUUCCUUACGUGAACUGCCAGUGAACUGAUAGUGAACUCUGAGAACAGUUCCAGGGCGCACACUGAAUGCUCCCUUCGAAGGCAUAUUUCAUUUUAAUUAUUUGUUAGGUUUGCAAACAGGAAGACAUGACUUCCUCUGCUUUUUAGAAGCUGGAGAGCAACUUCUAAUUUUUAGGGCACAAGGUCUUUGCUUUCUUCCUGUGAUAUGGUCCUCUGCAAUCUUUUUUGGAGUUGGACUCUGGCCAGGAUUCUGCAUCAUUGAAAUCAGCCGAUGAAGGAGAUCAUUACCAGGAUUUCAGAUGCAUGGCAGAUUUCCGCUGACUGCUGGAACUGGAGAUCACUCCACAUGGAUUCCCCAAGUCAGCAUGGCAGCCACACUUCACUAGUGGUGAUUCAGCCACCGGCUGUGGAAGGCCGGCAGAGGUUAGACUAUGACAGGGACACUCAGCCUGCUACGAUUCUGUCCCUAGACCAGAUCAAGGCCAUCCGAGGCAGCAAUGAAUACACAGAGGGACCUUCAGUAGCGAGAAGACCGGCUCCUCGCACCGCACCAAGACCCGAAAAGCAGGAAAGGACUCAUGAAAUCAUACCAGCCAAUGUGAAUAGCAGCUACGAGCACCGACCUGCCAGCCACCCGGGCAAUGCCAGGGGCUCGGUGCUGAGCAGGUCCACCAGCACCGGAAGCGCAGCCAGCUCAGGGAGCAGCAACAGUGUGUCCUCUGAGCAGGGCCUGUUAGGAAGAUCUCCGCCCACCAGGCCCAUCCCAGGUCAUAGGUCAGAUCGGGUCAUCCGGACCCAGCCCAAGCAGCUGCUUGUGGAAGACUUGAAGGCCUCCCUGAAAGAGGACCCCACCCAGCACAAGUUCAUCUGCGAACAGUGUGGCAAGUGCAAAUGUGGAGAAUGUACAGCCCCCCGGGCUCUGCCCUCCUGUCUGGCCUGUGAUCGGCAAUGCCUCUGCUCCGCGGAGAGCAUGGUGGAAUACGGAACCUGCAUGUGCCUGGUCAAGGGCAUUUUCUACCACUGCUCCAAUGAUGAUGAUGGAGGUUCUUACUCGGAUAACCCAUGCUCCUGUUCACAGUCCCACUGCUGCUCCAGAUACCUGUGCAUGGGAGCCCUGUCCUUGUGCCUGCCCUGCUUGCUCUGCUACCCUCCUGCCAAGGGCUGCCUGAAGCUGUGCAGAGGCUGUUACGACUGGACCCACCGCCCUGGCUGCAGGUGUAGAAACUCCAACACUGUCUAUUGUAAGCUGGAGAGCUGCCCGUCAAGGGCUCAGGGCAAGCCGUCAUGACUUUUGGAGGUGGAUUGGACCUCCGUGGAAUGUCUAGCUUCCAAACUUUGGCUGUUGGUAUUAGAGGCAGAUUUUCUUCUCUAGUCUCCUGUCUUGGAUGGUCCUCAGGAGGAGUGGACUGUGAAACUGCACCCAGCUUUUUCUCAUUCCACCUCAAGGGUUCUGGGAGCUGGGAGCGCCUGUGUGCUGCAUCAGCUUUCCAGCGGCAUCCGUGAAGAUGUACGCAUGCCCAGACUUGGCUGAGAGUUGUUUGGGGUCUGGUACUGUGGGAUCAUGGACUUAGUUUGGUUUAUAAAAAAAGUAACCAUGUACGUGCUUAAGUAAGCUACAUAUUAAUCUGCCUCUGAUGAGAGCUAUCUCGGCGUCCUCUCCUAGCCGGAUGGGAGGAGCUACUCCUUAGAACACAGUUUUUUUCUCUGCAUCUACAGGCUGCCUUCUCCUUACAGCCCCUCCCCCGCCAAGCCUCCCCACCAUGCACUGCGCUGAGGCCAGUGGGUCAUCCCCGCACACCCCUUUGGCAUAGCUCUGUGCAGUGUUGGUCUCCACAUCAGAGAUGAUGUUGGCUAACCCUUUUUUCUCUCCAGUGCCCAGUAUCUGUGAAGGACUUCUCUUUACACCCCCACUUCACUGAAGGCACUUGGUGACUGGAGUUGAAAUUCCUGUCUGAUCUGCCCCGGUGUCUUAGAGCUACAGCUCCCUAAGGUGCAUUUGGCUCCUGGCUGGCCUUUUGACUCUUCAACAGCUGAGUAUUUCCAACCCUUCCUGUUUUUUCAUUGCCUUAACCACAAAUUGUGGUGCUUUUUGUAUAUUUUAUGUAUAAAUCACAAAGUUGAAUCCUGGCUAUUUUUAAGACAAAAGUCUGUUAAACUUUUUUUAUUGUAAAGAAUAUUUAUUAUGCGAAUCUCUAUUAUUUUAUGAUAUUUAUUGCAAAAGACUGUUGAAAUGUACUCAUGUCUGAAUAUAACAUAUCACUACUUCAAGAAAAACAAGGUGACUCAAAAAAAGUACAUAAAGUACAUAUAUGUUAACUACAAUGCAGAAAAUAUAUUAAUUAAUGAAACCGCC